GAUUCAGAAACUCCGUAACCACGAAUUUCUCAAAAAAAUUGUGAUGAAAAUUGUUCGGUCCUGAUUAUCUCUGUGUGUUGAGAAGUGAGAAGCAGCAUAGACGGAGGAGGAGAAGAGAUGGAGAGUGCGAUAUGUGGGAGAUUAGCUCUCGCACCAAGCUCUCUCUUCAAUUCCAAAUCAGGUACAUCCAUAUGAGUACCAGAAGCAACAUGGGAAUAUGGCUCUUACUAGUAGAGCCACUGGAUUUGGAACGGGUAAUCCAUAAGUCUAAGAGGGCAGUCGACACCCUCCAAGCAGCGAUUGGCAGUGUAGAAAUCCAAGCGUCGAUCGACACUGCUCACCUGACGUCGAUCGACACUGCUCACCUGACGUCGAUCGACACUGCUCACCUGACGUCGAUCGACACUGCUCAACUAACGUCGAUCGACACUGUUCACCCGACGUCGAUCGACACUGCUCAUCAACCGUCGAUCGCCACUGUUCAUCCACCGUUGACUGACACUGUUCAUCCACCGUCUGACAUCACUUGUUUGGAGGCAGAGAAGGUCGAAGUGCUCAUACAUACAGUGGACGAGAAUGGGAUGUUAAGAGACGAAGAAGGUCGCACUCGCAACAGCACAGAACAAUUGAUUAAUGCAUAAAGUGUUGUAAUCCCUGAUGUGAUUGAUGUUGCUGAGACAAACAACUUUGAUCUGAAUCGCGAAUGGUAUGAUUGGGGAAGUGUGGACCCUUUCCGAGGUCUUCCUCAUGAAAAUCCCAGAGACCUUAUCAAAGAACUUGAGGAGUUAGCCUCUGCAAGCGAGCAGAAUGAAGUAUCUGUAGACCACAUUAUCUGCAAAAUCUUCCCUUAUUCUCUAUUUGGAGAUGCAUUCAGAUGGUUCAGUCAACUGCAACCAGGAUCUCUAACUAGCUGGGAUGAUAUUGAAAGAGCCUUCCUUUACAAAUUUCUUGAUGAUGCUGAAGCAACUCGAGAAAAGGAGAAGAUAUAUAAAUGCGACAGGUUCUUGGCAUCGUUAGAGGAGGAGUAUAUGAUUCCAAUACAGCUGCUCGACGACAUUAUGGCAAAAAGGGAUGAACAACAUGUGUCUGAAGAGUUGAGCAGAGUAGAGGAAGCUGGUACUGAAGACUCGACCUCAACGUCUACCGACGGCAGGACCUCAACGUCUACAGACGGCAUGACUUCAACGUCGCCAUACGGUACGACUUCAAUGUCGACCGACAGCACGACCUCAACGUCAACAGAUGACACAACCUCAAUGUCGACCGACGACAUGACCUCAACGUCGAUCGACAUCACGACCUCAACGUCGAUCGACGAUGUAGACAGAUAAAUCACCAUGGAAGACUCCUUAGAGCUGGAGGAAUGGCUUAAAGAUAUGGAUCAAAAUUCGAAGAAGAAGCUUGAUGACGAUCAGCAUACUUCGAGAGGAGAUAUGGAAACUUCAAAGGCUAGCAUCGGUCGACCCCAUCCUGAUGAGAUCGAUCGACAACCACCCCACAUCGAUCGACACCGCCAACCACUUAUCGAUCGACACCACCCACCUAAUAUCGAUCGAUGCCCAUUGCUAGACGCUCCGCCAGGUUGCAUAAUUGAGAUGGAACCGAUUGAGGAGAGUAUGUACAUGUCUAAGGCCUCCCACAUUGCUGUCCCUAAACAUCAGAGACCUCCUAUCUGGACAGAAGAAGCUGUUGGGUUUCACAAAAGAGUGAAGAGAAUACAUGAUCCUGUGAAGAUUGUGGUUCCAUGCGCUGUAUUUGAAACUGAAUCUCCUAUCCCACCAGAUAGAAGUAUGCAGUUCAGUUCUUACAUUGAGGUAUUGGAUGAUCGUCAGCACGUAGAAGCUUCUCAGAGAGGGUUACGAUUUCAAGAUGAAGUCGAUAAGGGCCCAGCAGAACCAGUAUCGAUCGACACCGACCGGAUACCAUCGAUCGACACCAACAAACCGGCAUCGAUCGACACCAACAAAUCGACAUCGAUCGACACUACCACUUCAUCGUCGAUCGACACUGGACGCGUAUCAGAGUAGAAAGAGUUCGAUGUGUGUGGAAAUCUUAGGGAUGGAGAAACCACCACGCGAUCAGACAAGUCUGGGGGAAAGAAGAAGAUGAAUUGGAAGAAGAGAAAAAUGAUCAUGAGUGAUUCUCAGUUAUCAUUGAUUCCUCACUUCUCAGAUGGUUUCAGGAAAUCUAGAGUACGCAGCAGAUGCUUCUCAAAGCCAUUUGCAAAGGUUCGAGCACUCAUUAUUGCUAAGAUGAUAGACAAAGGAGAAGAGUCUAUAGAUGAGGUUUUCACACAAGAAUGAUAAAGCUUCAGAGAGUAGAAACUGAGACUUUUUUUGGAGCGAGUUCUCAUCCUCAUCCAGACUAAAUCAGAUCUCCAAAGUCAAGCUAAAUGACUAUAACAAAGCGCUGAGUGGGCACUAUUAGGUAAUUUCAUUCAGUUUAUGCUAGAUUGUUACUGAUUUUUGUUUUAUUUUU